AUGUACAGCUACCAAUUUAACAUCAAAGUUAUCGGUCUACCGUUGCUGGCAGCAAAAGAGACGACCGAGCAGACAGCUAACCUGUGUCUUCAACUAUUUCAUCAGAUGGGAGUGAAAGAUGUUUCGAUAAAUGACAUUGACAUUGCCCACCGAGUUCCAUCAAGGAAUCCCUCAAAUCGACCAGACGCAGUAGUUUGUAAAUUUGUUAGAAGGAUGGUAAAGGAAAAAAUCAUGGCAUCUAGGAAGACAAUAAGGAACAUAACAGCACAGCAACUAGGAUUUUCUUCAGAGAUUGAUGUGAGUCACCUCAAUAUUUACGAUCAUCUGACACCUCGUCUACAAACCCUUCUGUAUGAGGCAAAGAAGUUCAAAGAAGCCAACAGCUUCAAAUUCUGUUGGGCAAAAAAUGGUUCCAUAUUUCUCAGGAAAUCAGAGAAUUCACCGAUCCGCAAAUUUGCAAAUAUGGAGGACCUAAACGCAUUUACCCAAGGAUAG